CCUCCGCUCUUUUCCCGCACAGUCCGGUGGCUGCGAGCUUUCCUUCCCUUCCCUCUGCCCCGCCCCCGGCAUGGCCCUGGUGCCCCCCAAGAGAAGGCGGGGCCCAGGCCGGGGAGAGGAGGCCGGGGCCGGGGCCAGGGGAGCUGCAGCCCCCUCCCCAGCCGCGCUCCGCUUCCCAGAGGUCACCAUCUACCUGGCCGAGCGGCACAUGGGCCGGACCCGCCGGGCUUUCCUCACCAGGCUGGCCCGGGCCAAGGGCUUCCGUGUGGAUCAGUCUUACAGCCCAGAAGUGACCCACGUGGUGAUGGAGGGGGGCUCAGCAGCAGAAGCAUCUGGCUGGCUGGAUCGUGUGUUGGGGGCUACUGGGAGCCUUCCGAGGCCCCUGCUGUUGAAUAUCAGCUGGUUCACGGAGAGCAUGGGUCAGGGGAAGCCUGUGCCAGUGGAAGGCAGACACCGUUUGGGGGUCCCCUUACCCACGAGGAGCCAGGGGGAUCCCAGCUCUUUGCCAGCCUAUGCCUGUCAGCGACACACACCCCUCAACCACCACAAUUUGUGCUUUACGGAGGCCCUGGAGACACUGGCAGAGGCUGCAGGUUUUGAGGACAGCCAGGGCCGUCUCCUCUCCUUCCGCAGGGCUGCCUCAGUGCUCAAGGCUCUGCCCGGCCCCAUCACCAGCCAGAGUCAGCUGCACAGGCUUCCCCAUUUUGGAGACCAUACAUCCAGGAUUGUCCAGGAAGUGUUGGAACAUGGAGUUUCUAGUGAAGUUGAAAAAGUAAAACAAUCAGAAAGGUACCAGACAAUGAAGCCCCUCAUUCUAGCCUGUCAGGGUAUCAGAAAUCUGGCACCUGAUCCUGGCAUCCAACAGCUCUUCACGCAGAUCUUUGGAGUUGGGGUGAAGACUGCUGACAAGUGGUACCGAGAGGGGCUCCGGACCCUGGACGAUCUCCGAGGACAGACCAGAAAACUGAGCCGGCAGCAGGAGGCUGGGAUCCGUUAUUUUGAGGACCUUUGCACCCCAGUCUGGCGCCACGAGGCAGAUGCCAUCCAAAAGACCGUGGAGGCGGCUGUACGGCAGGUACUUCCCGAUGCCACCAUGACCCUGACUGGUGGCUUUCGCAGGGGAAAGCUACGAGGUCAUGAUGUUGAUUUCCUGAUCACCCACCCCGUGGAAGGGCAGGAAACAGGACUGCUACCCAAGGUGAUGGGCCACCUGGAGAGCCAGGGUCUUGUUCUAUACCAACACACCCAAAGCAACCAUUACCAAGACCUCAAGGACCUUGACCACAAGGCUUCCCAGAACACUACCAUGGACGCCUAUGAGAGAUGCUUCUCCAUUCUCUGUCUCCCAAAGCCGCCUGCAUCCUUCCACCCAGAGACUGGAGAGGGUCCCAAAGAGCCCUCCAGGGAUGGGAAAGCUGUGAGAGUGGACCUUGUGGUGGCCCCUAUCAGCCAGUUUGCCUUUGCCCUCCUUGGCUGGACUGGCUCCCAGCAUUUUGAGAGGGAGCUCCGGAGGUUUAGCCGAACAGAGAAGCGACUGCUGCUGAAUAGUCAUGGGCUUUACAACCCAGAGAAGAGAGAGUCCUUACCGGCAGCUUCAGAGGAGGAAAUCUUCAAACAUCUGGGCCUGGAGUACAUCCCGCCAGAACAGAGGAAUGCCUGACCACCCUGGUCUCUGGUCCCACACCUGCCUCCGUCUGUGGGGAGCAAGAGGGGCCCACCACCUGGUGCAGGGAUUGGUGGGGCAGGGUGGCCUGCCCUGCCACAGAUUGGUCUGGUGCCUGUUCCACCCUGCUCAUC